AUGGAAACUUGGUUUUGGGUGCUCGUCUGGUUUCUUUCAAUUAUAACCAUGACUGGAAAUGGGUUUAUUAUCUUCCUUGUUUGCAGCAGACGACAUCUACGAACCAAAACCAACGCAUUUAUCGUAUCUCUUGGAGUAGCAGACUUUUGUGUUGGAAUGAACGUGGUUCCUUCGCUUUUCUUCUUGGAACUGAUUGGGCAAAGUCACUCAAAAGGUCUUGACAAAGGCCUAAAGGUCGUUAGGUGGCUGUUCCAGGAUGCAUCAGCGAUGAAUAUGUGCAUUUUAGUACUGGAUCGCUACAUAGCAGUUGUCAAGCCUUUGAAAUACCUGACCUUUAUGACUUCCACACGUGUUAUCCAGCUCAUUUCGUUCUCCUGGGUAGUAACAGUUGGUAUUAUCCUGGUAGAAUCCUCUCUUUUAUUUACGUCGAAAGGCAAGCUCGUACUUAUUUGGCUGAUUAUUGUAUUAUUUUUCUUUCUUCCAAGUGUAAUGAUAGUCUUUUGCUGCACGUCAAUGUUUCGUGUUGUAUACAUGCAAAACCGAACGGCAAACGUCUUAGGAAGAAAAUUGUGUUUCUACAGGCGUCGGGAGAAAUCUGCAUUGAUAAUGAUGGCAAUUGUUACAGUCUUGCUCCCUAUCUAUUGCGGAAGUUAUAUUCGAUGUGUUUUCAUUAAUAUUUGGAAUGAUCAAUGUAAUGCUUUCAACUAUAGCGUGCCUAUGUUAAUUUUAAACUCCGCGGUAAACCCUUUGGCUUAUGCUUUCUUCAAAAGAGACAUAAAAAACGAGAUUAAAGCGUUUUUCAGUUUUAUGACCCUAAGAAGAGACAAAGUGGAGCGUUUCAGAAAAGCAGGCCUGGUCGGACCUUAG